CGCGCCCGCGGAACUGCGGCUGCGGUUCGGAGCGGGUUCAGGGGCUGCUUGGCUUGAGUGAGCUGGAAGGGUGAGGCCGCGGUGGCCGAGGCGGGCCGAGGGUUUCCAAGCAGGUUGAUUUGGAGACAUGUCAGCGUCGGUAAAAGAAAGCCUUCAGCUUCAGCUGCUGGAGAUGGAAAUGCUGUUUUCUAUGUUUCCUAACCAAGGAGAGGUAAAACUGGAAGAUGUAAACGCCCUAACGAACAUAAAGAGGUAUCUGGAAGGCACUAGGGAGGCGCUCCCACACAACAUCGAAUUUGUGAUCACGCUCCAAAUUGAGGAGCCCAAGGUGACAAUUGAUUUGCAAGUAACCAUGCCUCACAGCUACCCCUACGUGGCUUUGCAGCUGUUUGGACGGUCACCUGAGCUUGACAGACAACAGCAGCUUCUUCUCAACCAAGGUCUCACUGCCUAUCUGCGGACCUUUGAUCCGGGUGAGCUGUGUGUCUGCGCAGCCAUCCAGUGGUUGCAGGACAACAGCGCAUCCUACUUCCUCAACAGAAAGCUGUCGGGUGAGCCAUGCACACAAGCAAAGCCGGUCAAGAACACGUUCCUCCGGAUGUGGAUCUACAGCCACCACAUUUAUCAGCAGGACCUAAGGAAAAAGAUUCUGGAAGUGGGGAAAAGGUUAGAUGUGACUGGAUUUUGCAUGACGGGAAAGCCUGGCAUAAUCUGUGUGGAGGGCUUCAAGGAUCACUGUGAGGAAUUCUGGCACACAAUCAGAUACCCCAAUUGGAAGCACAUUUCCUGCAAGCACGCCGAGAGCGUGGAAACAGAGGGGAACGGGGAAGACCUGCGCCUCUUCCAUUCUUUUGAAGAAUUACUCCUUGAGGCCCAUGGCGACUACGGACUGAGGAAUGAUUAUCACAUGAACCUGGGCCAGUUCCUAGAGUUUCUCAGAAAACACAAAAGUGAGCAUGUUUUUCAGAUACUAUUUGGUAUUGAAAGCAAAAGUUCAGAGUCCUAGGACUCCAUUAAAAUGCCGAUGCUUGUAAUUGUACUAAGUAUUUAUGUUAAUAAGACCAAAAUAAAAAGGCCAAUGGCUCUAUA